AUGGUGGGAACUGCAAGCAAGCCCGACGUCCUGGGACGCGACCAAUGGACAAACCUUUGGGACACCGGCAAAGCGUUGUGGCACCUUGACCACGUGUAUCCGCUCCUGGAGAAGCACAAAGACCUCAUUCUGGCCGGAAAACAAGAUGCCCGCGUCUACAUCCCGAUGUGUGGAAAGGCACCCGAGUUGAAAUGGUUUUACAGCAUGGGCCAUCGUGUCGUCGGCGUGGAGUUCAUCGAAUCGAUUGCCCGGGGCUUUUUCCUCGACAAUGGUCUUACUUUCCACGAAGCCAAGUGUCCUGUACUCGACUGCAAGAUCUUUCAGAGUCCUGAUAAGAGGUUGCAAAUAUUUGUCUGCAGUGUGUUCGACUUUAACAAAUCCUGCGCCGGAGAAAUGGACAUUGUGUGGGACAGAGGAGCGUUGAGCUCAAUCAACGUGGAACUCCGAGACAGGUACAUCACCGUAAUGAAGUCGUUGUUGUCGCCCAACUUUUCCUACGGUUUGUGGUUAGCCGUCUAUGACGACGACACGUUCACGGGUCUUCUCAGAAGUAUGCCCGAAGCACUUCUUCGGAAUCUGUUUGCAGGGAAAGGCAUACAUUUGCGUUUCAUCGACAAGGAAGGUCCGACUAUGCUUGGUUUAAUCAAGUCUCCAGUCAUGUACUACCUCUGGCACUUGACGGAGGAGUGAA